CGGAAACAGCGCGGCCGCGGGCGGGGAAGGAGUGCGCUUGCUCGGCCCGCGCGAGGUGUCUCGGCCCGGCGCUUCCCGGAGCUCCCCAUCGCUCCUCACCGUUCCUCACCUCUUCUUCCGACCGCUCCUCCGCGCCGCUCCCCGCCAUGUCGCGGCGGCGGCACAGCGACGACAGCGAUGGGCAGCCCCACAAGAGGCGGAGGACGUCCGAGCCGUCGGAGAUCGAGGAGAGGCUCGAGUCGCUCAUCUGCAGGGUGGGAGAGAAGAGUAAUUCAUCUUUGGAGAGCAACCUGGAGGGCCUAGCUGGUGUUUUGGAAGCUGAUCUGCCAAAUUACAAAAGCAAGAUACUGAGAAUACUGUGUACUGUAGCACGUCUGCUACCAGAAAAGCUUACUGUUUACACGACAUUGGUGGGGUUGCUGAAUGCCAGGAACUACAAUUUUGGCGGGGAAUUUGUAGAAGCCAUGAUUCGUCAGCUUAAAGAAUGUCUGAAAGUAAAUAUGUAUAACGAAGCUGUGCAUUUAGUUCGCUUUCUAUCCGAUCUCGUGAAUUGUCAUGUAAUAGCUGCACCAUCAAUGGUAGCUAUGUUUGAGAACUUUGUGAGUGUGACACAGGAGGAGGAUGUACCCCAAGUGCGAUGUGACUGGUAUAUGUUUGCAUUUCUGUCAUCUUUGCCUUGGGUUGGAAAGGAGUUAUAUGAGAAAAAGGAUGCUGAAAUGGAUCGUCUCUUGUCUCAGACAGAAAGUUAUUUGAAACGCCGCCAGAAGAUCCAUGUACCCAUGCUGCAAGUGUGGACUGCUGAUAAACCACAUCCACAAGAAGAGUAUCUAGACUGCCUUUGGUCUCAGAUUCAGAAAUUGAAAAAAGACCGUUGGCAAGAGCGGCACAUCCUGAGGCCCUACUUGGCUUUUGACAGUGUUCUCUGUGAGGCACUGCAACACAAUCUGCCACCCUUCACACCCCCACCUCACACUGAAGAUUCUGUAUACCCAAUGCCGAGGGUUAUUUUUAGGAUGUUUGACUACACGGAUGACCCUGAGGGUCCUGUCAUGCCUGGCAGCCACUCCGUGGAAAGAUUUGUAAUAGAAGAGAACCUCCACUGCAUCAUCAAAUCCCACUGGAAAGAGAGAAAGACUUGUGCUGCACAGCUGUUGAGCUAUCCGGGAAAUAACAAGAUCCCUUUGAACUACCAUAUAGUAGAGGUAAUAUUUGCAGAGCUGUUUCAACUGCCAUCGCCACCACAUAUUGAAGUGAUGUACACAACACUCCUGAUUGAGCUGUGCAAACUUCAGCCUGGCUCUUUACCACAAGUUCUUGCACAAGCCACAGAAAUGCUCUACAUGCGUUUGGACACAAUGAAUACAACAUGUGUGGACAGAUUUAUUAACUGGUUUUCUCACCACUUGAGCAACUUUCAGUUCCGUUGGAGCUGGGAGGACUGGUCAGAUUGUCUUACUCAGGACCUUGAAAAACCCAAACCCAAAUUUGUGAGAGAGGUUUUGGAAAAGUGCAUGCGACUCUCCUACCAUCAGCGGAUAAUAGACAUUGUUCCUGCAAGUUUUUCUGUCCUCAGUCCUGCUAAUCCAGUGUGCAUUUACAAAUACGGAGAUGAGAGUAAUAGGUCUCUUCCUGGAUAUACCGUGGCACUCUGUUUAACAAUUGCAAUUAAAAAUAAGGCCAGCAAUGAUGAAAUCUUCAGCAUUUUAAAAGAUGUGCCUAAUCCAAACCAGGAUGAUGAUGAUGGUGAAGGAUUUACUUUCAACCCACUGAAAAUAGAAGUCUUUGUUCAGACUCUGCUCCAUCUAGCUGCAAAGUCUUUUAGCCACUCCUUCAGUGCCCUGGCAAAGUUUCAUGAAGUCUUCAAAACACUUGCUGAAAGUGAUGAGGGGAAACUCCAUGUUCUGAGGGUUGUGUAUGAGGUUUGGAAGAAUCAUCCACAGAUGAUUGCUGUGCUUGUGGACAAGAUGAUUCGGACACAAAUCGUUGACUGUGCUGCAGUAGCAAACUGGAUCUUUUCUUCAGAGCUUGCACAUGAUUUUACUAGGUUUUAUGUCUGGGAGAUCUUACAUUCCACAAUUCGUAAGAUGAAUAAGCAUGUCCUGAAGAUUCACAAAGAACUGGAGGAGACUAAAGCAAGAUUGGCCAGGCAGCACAAAAGACGAGACAGUGAUGACGACGAUGAUGAUGACGACCGAAGCACCGAUCGGGAAGAUGGACCACUGGAAGAGCAGAUAGAGCGCUUGCAGGAAAAAGUAGAGUCAGCUCAGAGUGAGCAGAAGAAUCUCUUCCUUGUUAUAUUCCAGCGUUUCAUUAUGUUGCUAACGGAGCAUUUAGUGCGCUGCGAGACUGGUGGAAUUGAUGUAUUUACACCUUGGUACAAGAGCUGUAUAGAGAGGUUGCAGCAGAUCUUCCUGCAGCACCACCAGAUAAUCCAGCAGUACAUGGUGACACUAGAGAACCUCCUGUUUACAGCUGAACUUGACCACCACAUUCUGGCUGUGUUUCAGCAGUUCUGUGCUCUGCAGGCCUGAGGGAUCAUUCACGGACACAGUCUUGUCUGCAGGACUUUAGUGAAUUUAAUUUUUUUUUUAAUGGCAAAACUUAACAUGGGGAUGGAAGAAUUUUUUGACUAAAACUGGCUUUCAUGUGCUCCUAUAUAAAAUAAUAGAGUAUUGUAAAAAAAACAAACUGUGUAAGCAUCGUAAGCCUUAAAAGAUACGACUAAUAGGGGAUAUUUGUGAAGUAAAGUAUUAAUUCCUUUUGUUGUCUUUUAAUUUAGUUUGACUCUUUGCUUCAUGAUAGUAAUUUUAUUUCUCCCCUCUUGCUAUGUAAAAAUAAAAAUCAGGCACACCUCCCCCCCCCCCCAAAAAAUUCCUAACCUCACAACAAAAAAAGCCAACCCCAAGCAAUUUAAUUUGUUACCUCUGUUUGUCCCUUAAAUCAAAUUAAUUGCAGAAAUGAGGAAUAAUUUGUAGUGUUUUGUGAGUAUGAAAGGGGAUGCACCUUCUCAGUGAGCAAUGUGAUAAGUUCUCUAGUAUAUGCAUAGGAAAACUGUCUUAACUUUGGGCAUGUGAAACACGUUUUCAAAGUAGCAUAGAGCAUACAAAUUUGUUUUAUUACCAAGCCAGAUAGAUUUUCAAACUUUGAAAGAACAUGUAAUACAGUUGAAAUAUGUUUUUUAAAUGUAUUGUCUAGUGUCUUAUUACAGUAUCUGAAAACAGUCAGUAGAGAAGUUUCAUGGACCACUUCUGAAAAAUGCAAUUCUUUUUGCAGUGUGGUCAAGAAAUCAUGAACUGCUCUUGGUAGCAGUCUUCACUGAUAAACAGAGACAGUAAGCAAGAGCUGGAGUGGAACAAACUUUUGACGUCCAUGCUGCAAGCCUUACCUGAGCGUUGGGAGCUCCAGUCCCAGAUGCCAGGAAGGGGACAGGACAGUGCUGAGUUCAUUUUUUUUUUCCUUCGGCCUGUAACUCGUUGGACUGUCACAUUUGCACUGGGCUGGACCUGCAGGCCUGCAGGAUGUCAGAAAUCUUUCUGGUUAGUGACAGUGGAUCAACCAAGUGCUCUCACCUCAUCUGGCUUGGCAACAACUGCUGCAUCUGCUACGCUUCCCUUGCUUUAAAAUGUGAUGGCAGCAUGUUGCUCCCAUGGCUUCAGAAAGUGUUUUAAUGCCAAAUUGAUACAUUACAGGAGACUUAGACUGGGAGAACACAACUGAAAAUAGAGUAGGCUUAGUUUUGAGUUAGGCCAGUAACAUGAGGUACAUUAGAGCCAAACCAGAGUGUUCUGUACCAUGGUGAGCAGCAGUGAAUGGCAAAGAUCCUGCCUUAGGUGCUCAGGUCCAUCAGUGUGCAGGGGGCUUCCAAGCUGUUUAUGGUCUCUUCAUUUUGCAGGUGAAUGUUUUAAAGAGUUUCAUACCCAGUGCUGUUUAGUUUUAGCUUAGGAAAUUCCGUGCUUUGAGUAAUUUUGUUCCUGUACAAAUUAUUUUUUCAGGUAUUAUACCUAGAAAUGCAUUUCAUGUGUACAUUGACCAAUGGCCUCCUGACCAAGCAAGGAGGGUAAAAAAUGGAACAUUUUGUUUUGACUGUUCACUUAAGUUUGUGUGUGGCCUGUAGCAAUCUGAUAUAUCCUCAUAGACUUAGAUCUGUUACUUCUGCUUUUUCUGCUUGCCCUUUCUGACUUAACUGAUUCCCCUGCUCCCCCCAUUCUUUCAGGGUGUACUGUUAUUUGUUGUAAAUUUGCUUUAUGCAAGGAUUUUGUCAGUCAUGCAUGAACUUAAUGCUUCAGAUCUUUCUCUGUUAAUGUUCUUGAGUAAUCAAAUAGGGUUUCUUGUUGUUUUUUUAUUUUUAGGAAACAUUUAAUACUUUAAAGGUUUUAAUUGGAGUUUAAUAGUUUUUUUCACUGGCUUGGGUCAGUAUCAGUUCUGAUAUUAACUAAUGGUGAGGGUUCUGACUAUAAAUGUGACUUCUGUAAAAUCGGUAAUGCAGUUAGAACUUGCAAACCUGUAACUUUGAGCCUUGACAAAUACUGAUGCUGGGGAUACAGUCGCAAAUGCUUGAGUGUAAUCCUGUGUUUUAAAACCAAAUAGCAAUGUCUUUCAAAAUUGAUUUAAGUUUCAAUCAUGCCAAGCUUUGAGCAUGGGCUUUGAUUGCAUUUCUUGAGUCUGUUGGACACCUUCACCUUCUUUUAGUUCUAAUGGUGUACACCUGAUUUGACUGAGAAAUUGGCUGAAUCUGUAGAAAAGAGAGUGAAACACUUAUGUAGUGAUACCAGCAGCUAACUGAAGAAACUUGGAACUGCUGAAGCAUGAAGUGGUGGAUAGUGUAAAGAUGAUGUAGAAAUGUGGUGUGGUUGGAAAAAAAUGCACACUUUAAGACAAAAAUAAAUGAAGGUGAAGCAGGUUGCUGCUGA